AGCGCGGUCUCCCUCCCGCCUCAGAGCCGACUUCCUUUCCCCCGAGCGCCCCCCGACGCCGCCACCAUUGAGUCUCCGUCGCAGGAAACGGCGGGGUUGGGUCCCCUCGCCGAGCCCAAGAAGAAGACCAAAUGGCAGGACACCCUCCGCUUCUACCUCACGGCGAUCUUCACCCUCAUCGCCUGCAUCAGCUCCUUCGCCUUCCUGUUCCUCGUGCCCUUCGUGAUCGACCCCGCCUUCUCCACCAUCUUCGCCGACUUCGACCCUGAGCCCGUGGUGUGCGUCACCAAGGAGUCCGAGUUCUUCUUCGGCCUCAGCAACUGCUCGUGGUCGUCGUGCCGCGAGGGCUGCACCAGAGACAUCUUCCAGUGCUCCCACAUCUUCGUCAACUACAAGAAGGACACGAAGGGCGAGUUCAAGGAUGUCAACUUCACCGACGUCGACCUGCUGGACGACAUCAAGUGGGACAUGGAGGACGCGCGCCUCUUCCCCAACGUGAAGGGCUGCGGCUACCCGCCCAGCGUCAACUGCACCACCUUCAACAUGAGCUACAGCACCCCGGGCAGGACCUACCCGUGCUAUUACUCGAAGGAGCAGCCCACCACGGUCCUCACGUCCCUGGACAUCGAGGGCAUCACCACCGACCUCAUCUACGCCAUCGUGAUCCCGUGGGGCGCCUUCCUCGUGUCCAUCCUGUACCUCCUCAUCACGUACGUGGGCAUGAAGAAGCCGGAUUCGGACGGCGACGCCCCUCAGGAGGUCACGUCGGCCAAGGCGUCCAAGGAGGCGUCCAACUACUCCCUCAGGUCCAUCGGGAAGACCAUCAACCACGGCAUGAACAAACUCAUGGGGGAGCCGGACGACAAGGGCGGGCAUGGAGGUAAUGGACGAGGCGGCGGCGGCGGCGGAGGCCUGAAGCAGCGCACCCUCACCUCGCCCUCCAUGCUGGGGUCCAACUUACUCCUCGUUCCCGCGUCGCUGCCCCAAGUCCACCCGACCCGGCGCUCGACCCUCCCGCCGCUGGAGAGGACGCCGCCGCUUCCCCGGCCCGCAAGUCAUCAUCGAGAACCUGGCGAGACUUCAUUCCAAGACGCAGAGUGCACCGAGAGACCGUGAGAGCGAGACUGAAGUUGCUCUUGAGGACGAGACCACAACGAGAGAAGCUUCGAGAACCAGAAGGGCGGCCUGAGAACUUUGGCGUUAAGCUGAUUUGAUUUGAUUAUUGGAUAUAAUUACUCGAGAUAUGUUUUGAAUUCUUGGUUGAGAGGAUGAGUGCGUGAGGAAAGGGUUUCUUGUUGUUUGGUUGGUUGCUGUGUGUGCUCUUUCUCUUUUCCUCGAUUCUCUCACUGUUAUUGUUUGAUUCUAUUUCAUUUCUUGUUCUUUUCUAUUCUCUGAUCUCUUCGUUCAUUCGCAUUCUGUAUAUAUUCUUCCCAUGUACAUCUUUCAUUAAAAAAUUUCCUUAUUUUGAAGGAAAAAAAAUUAAGCGUCACUGGAACUCCCAGAUGACAAAAGCUAAUCAGUAUUGACGGAAACUUUCUCGCGAUUGUCUCCAAACUUCCUGCAUUUUGAGUGGAUCUGAGACCUAUUCCAUAGACGUGGGACUCAUUUGCAUUACGUGGGGAAAAUAACCUACGACAAAAUCUAUUUAUUCCUUAGUUUAAAUAAAAAAUAACACGAAAUGCAGGACGUCGAAUAGCGGCGCUUCCUCUCCGAACGGCAGGAGCUUCGGCGCCGGUGAAGGACAUAGGCCUACGGUACUCUAACCUGGCUUGAAACUCUGUCAGUGUUCUGUAAUUUUUUAAAUACAGUAGAGGGUUUCUCAUCACAUCACUCUUAGAUUUUUCAUGUUAGUCAUCGAUGUCUCAUACGCAAGAUUUUGACGAAAGAUUAUGAAACGAAGAAUAAGAAAAAAAGACUCGUUUGCUCAUCCAUUUUGAUAUAACCUAUAAAGUGCUGAACAUACUUGUCCGGGUGAGACUAUGGGAGGGAUCAUGUUUAUAUAAAAAACUUUUAUAAAUCCUACACUAAAUGUAAUCAGUCACACAAAAGAAAAUCAAUUUGUUGUUAAACAAAGAGCUAAAGAAAACAAAUAGGAAAAUCAAGGAUUAUAAUCAUUAUCCCUUUCCAGGCCACGAAGGCGUAUGUCAGAAAAUGUCAGACAUUAUAUUUUCAUGUGUAUAGCGACUUGCCCCCCCCCUCUUUUUUCUGGUGCUAAAUGGCGCAAGCGGACUUGAAGUUCCAUUAGAAGUUUCAUUAGAAAUAAGACAAAAUAAGAAAAGAAAAAAAACUUAAGGUUCGCACGAGGAAAUUAUCGCGCAGUUGUUCAAGGAGAACAUUUCUGUGAUUUCAUUAACAGCCAUUCUUCACUCCGGGACUGUGGGAUUAUUGAACUAGUAGUAGCGUUGCACAAAUCUUACGAGAUCCUACUUAGAAAUAGACAAACAUGUGUUUCCUUGACACUAAUGAGUUAAAUAGUUUUCUGGUUCACUGUUCUCCCGCAGCAAUGAUUGUAAUUUAGUCUUUGUUUUUAUUUUUUUUUCCUUUUUAUACCGCUUUAACUCUAGGGUUUGCUAGAUCAUUACCAAUCAGAUAAUAACCAGUGCGAGCUACUGAAAUACUGCAGGCUGUUAUAGGCCUACAAAUAUUUCUUUAAAAAACGUCGUUAUACAUCUUUUAUUUAACACGUUUUUGGGACUUUGAGAAACCAUCAAGGUAGUUCAGACAGGCAGAUAACGACCAAGAUCAAUAGUAAAUAGCAAAUCUCUCUGGAUAUUUUAUUUCCGUUAGACCCAACCCAAAAACUGGCUUGAGGUCUUCUGCUGUCUGCUCUCUCUCACAAAAGUUAAAAGUCGCAGUUUACAGUGUUCAGUAGCAUCCUAAUUUUGUGUACAAUUGCCAAGACAGCAAAGGAAGAUGUUAUGUUUAUGGAUAAUUUUCAGUAUGGAAAUAUACAUAGGUGUGCAUAUAUGUGUGUAAUGUAUGUACGUAUAUACCUAUACCCUAUGUAUAUAUACACAAGCAUAUGCAUGUAUAUGUUCAGCAGUGGUUAAUUUACAGGCUGUGACCUGAAUGUUGUACAAUGUUACUUAAUGCUAAGUUUUCAUAUUACGUAUAAGCAUAUGUAUGUAUGUAUAUAUGUAUAUUUAUAUUUAUAUAUAUAUACUUAUGUAUGUAUAUGUAUAAACAGUCCUUCCUGCCUAAUAUUUUCCACUCACUAUGGAUAAUCCAAAUUCCAGCAUUGGAUAGGUUACCCACAGAAACCACCAACCGUGUAUCUAGGGACAGAACCUAACGCCGCCUUCCCAUUCUAGAAAUCUAGCAUGAACGCAAACUCCUUCCGUAACUCUAAUUCUUGUUCCAUCUUCCGGAAUCCAAUAUUAGACGGCACCUUCUCCAAGGGAUACUUUCAUCUCGGACAUGGCAUUGCGCACGCACACUGAAUGUAUUCGAGAUUUUCGUGAAUCGGUUUGUUUUUGUUUUUGUUUCCGUGUGACUUGGCGCAAGCUAGGAAGAACCCAAUUUUUAUUCGUGUAGUGUUUUGGGAUUUUUUUUUAAUGCGUUUGCACUUUAUUAAUUCUUAUUAAGCUAGGAAUAGUUAUUUUGAUUUGUGAUUCAUUGCCUUAGAGUUCAUUAUUAGGCAUCUAAUCACAAUACGAUUAUUUGAAGCGUGCAAAAUAUACCUAUUAAAUCAUAUUUGAUAUUUCUCAAGAAAAAACAUAGUACCUAAUAUAUCUCUUUCCUCCUUUUCUAGUUAUUAGGUUUAAAAAAUAAAGUUGAAGUACAUUCAAUGGCUUUCAUAUUCUAUUAAGAUAUUUCAUAUGUUGUAGACUGUCACAUAAGUUUAAUUGUUAACAGCCUUUUAUUUUAAACAAUUUUGUAAAUGUGUGCUGAAUAAACAGUA